UAUCGAACCAACUAAGCCCAGGCCUAUCCAACACGGACCAGUUAGAGGUAAUGAAUUGCAUAAAAAGUGGAAAAAUAUCCGAGACAACUUUUCAAGAGAUAUUCAUCAAAGGAAAGGAAAUUCAGGGGCUGGAGCUUAUCGGAAAGCUCCUUACGUUUAUACACAGAGGUUACAAUUUCAAUUUCUCACAGAUGUAAUACUGCCCAGACAAACCACCAGUUCAUUGGAUAAUGAAUAUUCAUCCGAAUUAGAUACAAAUAACCCUGAAACGCCCAC